AUGAAGCUGUUUCUGGUCCUCAUUAUCCUGCUGUUUGAGAUAUCUGAAGACAGAGUGUGGUCCAGAAAAUGCUUUAGUACCAUAGCAGGUUACUGCAAGAAGAAAUGCAUGUUGGGGGAAAUAUAUGACAAACAAUGCAGAAGAGGAAAACUAUGUUGCAUCAAUGAAAGCAAAAAGAAAACACAGCAGCAAGCCAUACAAAAGCCCGAACCUUCAAGCAAGCCUGAUUUGAAGUUGGACUAUGUUAUCUUACCCACUGUCACACUUGGCACUUUUCCAGAAUAA